GGAGUCCACUGAAACGGAAUCAGAAUCUUCCGAUUCUCUCUUCUUCUUCUUCUUCUUCUUCUUCUUAGAAGAAGAAAUCUCCGGUCACAGACAGAGUAAGCAAGCAGAGAGACCGGAGGAGAGAGAGAUGGGAGUUACCAAGGAGCAGGUGGAGUCUUCUUUGGUUUCGAAGAUGAACCCUUCACACAUCGAAGUGAUAGAUACUUCUGGAGGGUGUGGGGCAAGCUUCGUGAUCGAGAUCGUGUCUUCACAGUUUGAGGGGAAGAGGCUGCUGGAGAGGCAUCGAAUGGUGAAUGCAGCACUGGCGGAGGAGAUGAAGGAGAUUCACGCUCUCUCAAUUCGGAAGGCUCUGACCCCGGAACAGUGGAAGCAACAGCAAGAGGCUGAAAAUCCCAAGCCUGCAGCUGCUUAGGCAUAUACAUUAAUGCUUAUAAACUUGUCACGAUUCUCAGAAUCUGAAACUGUUAUAGAGGGACAAUAAGACAGCCCGAGACUAGGUAUCGGUUAAGGGUUAUGCAGUUCCCAGUUGAGUUUGUGUCAUGUUCGUGGCACGGAUCUUUACGCCUUUAACUAAUGUAUCGACUAGUCUUGAACCUGUUCUUGCC